CGAAAAAACAGUCAAAUUCCAUCAUUUUUAUUUUGUUUUAAUCCCAAAGGAAACUUCAUUUCACCUUUGAGUUUGAUUAGCGUGCCUGGCUCUACAUUGGGUCUUUUUUUUUUCUUCAAAGGUUUGAACUUGGGAUUUAUCAAUGUCUCCACUAUUUCAUGGAUUGUAGAAUGUGGGACAUUGGUAAAUUCCAAAUUCAAUUUUUUUUCCAAUGGACCGGUUUACACAAAAUGUUAACGAGGGACCAAAAGUUCUUACAACUUGAUCAGGACUUGACAGCUCUAACAUAACUGCUUGUCCGUUUUUUCGAACCAAUGGCAAACAGUAACUACGAGAAUCAAUCUGGUGGUAACUUGUCCAAUAAGAAUUCUAAUACUAAAGCGGGAAAUGUUCCUGGGGAUGCACCACUCCGUGGUCCUCUCACACCAUUAUCCGGAGAAGAAAGGAGGAAGGCUUCCUCUGACUUAAAAAAUCAGCAACAAUCAACUACAGGACUGCAUCAUGGUGGACACAAUUUUCAUGAGGUGUUUCAAUGGAAACAAGGGCGCUACGCUGAUCUCCCCGGGGCAAAAAUUUCAGAGAUGAUGAAGUCUAACAGUUUAGAUAAUGCUCCGACUCAGUCGCUUUUAAGUGUCGUGAAUGGAAUUUUGGAUGAAAGUUUAGAUAGAAAGAAUGGUGAAAUUCCUCAUCGUGUAGCAUGUCUCUUGAGAAAAGUUGUGCAGGAGAUUGAACGACGUAUAUCAACUCAAGCAGAUCAUCUACGAACCCAAAACAAUCUUUUCAAGAUUCGAGAGGAGAAAUACAAAUCGAGAAUCAGAGUACUUGAGACCCUUGCAGCCGGGAACAGUGAAGAGAUUAAGAUUGUCACGGUUCAUCCUCAGCAGACAAAGACUGAGAGCCCCAAAGUGGAAGAAAAUCGGAAAGUUGAGGAGAAGGUGAAGGACAAAAGAGAGUCGGUGAAAGAAACUGAUAAACGUGAAACCCAUGAACACGAAACCAGUAAACACAAAAUUGAUAAACAAGCCAUUAAACAGGAAACCGAGAAACACAUUCGUGAAAUUGCAUCACUGAAACAAGAACUAGAAAUGGCCAAAACAAUACACGAGCAGCAGUGCUUGGAAAUGCAAAAAGAGACUGAGGGUGUCAAGGCAGGACUUCAAGCGAGGUUAAACGAGCUUGAGUCCCUCCUAAAUGAUUCCAACAAUAGAGUGAAAGAGCUCGAAACGAGUGCCAAGUCGAAAUGUCAGAGUUGGAGCAUGAAAGUGAACACCUACCAAAGUUUUAUGGAUUCUCAGUUUCACGCAAUGAGGGAUUUAAGGUUUACUUCCAAUGCCAUCAAGCAAGAACUUUUGAAAACACAAAAGAGCUAUUUCGAGGAAUUUAAUCUAUUAGAAGUAAAGCUUAAAGCAUUAGCAGAUGCAGCAGGGAACUACCGUGAAGUUCUAAAUGAAAACCGGAAGCUUUUCAAUGAGAUUCAAGAUUUGAGAGGUAACAUUAGAGUUUUCUGUCGAGUAAGGCCAUUUCUGCCUGGACAAAAUGGAAAACAGACAAUCGUAGAAAGUAUCGGUGAUAACGGACAGUUGGUUGUUACAAACCCGGCCAAGCCAGGGAAAGAGGGACAAAAGACAUUUAAGUUCAAUAAAGUUUUUGGUCCAGCUGCUACUCAAGGAGAGGUAUUUGCUGAUAUUCAACCUUUUAUUCAAUCGGUAGUCGAUGGAUAUAACGUUUGCAUAUUUGCUUAUGGUCAAACCGGUUCGGGGAAAACAUAUACAAUGACUGGUCCUAAUGAUGCAACCGAAGAAGAAUGGGGUGUUAAUUUUCGAGCUUUGAAUAAUCUCUUCAAAAUCUCUCAAAAUAGAAGAAGUACCUUUCAAUAUGAAGUUGGGGUUCAAGUGGUAGAAAUAUACAACGAUCAAGUGCGUGAUUUAUUAUCAAAUCGUACUGGUCCUGCAAAGAAAAUGGGGGUUACCAGUAUCUCUCAACCUAAUGGACUAGCUGUACCUGAUGCUAGCAUGCACCCUGUUCUAUCAACCACAGAUGUAAUUGAUUUAAUUAAUCUUGGGUUCAAGAAUCGAACCGUUAGUGCUACUGCAUUAAAUGAAAGAAGUAGUCGAUCACACAGCAUUGUCACCGUGCAUGUUCGUGGGAAGGAUUUGAAGGCGGGAGAUUAUAUAUAUGGUAAUCUGCAUUUGGUAGAUUUAGCAGGUAGUGAAAGAGUAGAUAGAUCCGAGGUAACCGGUGAUAGACUUAAGGAAGCACAACAUAUUAAUAAAUCUUUGUCUUCCCUUGGAGAUGUAAUUUUUGCUCUUGCACAAAAGAGCCCUCAUGUACCAUACAGAAAUAGCAAGCUCACUCAAGUACUUCAAAGCUCUCUCGGAGGACAAGCAAAGACCCUUAUGUUUGUGCAGCUCAAUCCCGAUGUCACUUCAUAUUCUGAAAGUUUGAGUACUUUGAAGUUUGCAGAACGAGUUUCCGGAGUUGAGUUAGGUGCUGCACGAAGUAGCAAAGAAGGGAAGGAUGUUAAGGAACUAAUGGAGCAGAUGGCAUCUCUCAAGGACACGAUAGCUAAAAAGGACGAGGAGAUUGAACGGUUGCAUUUACUUAAAGAUCUAAAAAACGGAUACCCCGGGAUCGAUGGUGAGCAGCCCGGAACAGGCUCUUUGAGUGAUAAGCAGUCUGAAACCGGUUCAACGGACGAUGAAAAAUCCGAAAUAACUGAUGCUGCUCUUUCUAUGGGAACAGAAACUGAUGGCUCAGCUGAAUACGUGCAUUCCCCCGAAGGCGUAUCUCUGGGGAAGCCCAAGGUCGUACCAAAGGUCCGAGUUUUACAAAAACCUGCACAAGCAACACCAACAUCAAAAUCAGAAUCUCCGAGAGCUUCUUCACCCGCCAUUAAAAAGACUCUCAGCUCGAGUUCAAAUUUGGUUAAGCCUGUUGUCAGGAAAAAGGUGUAAAUUAGAUACUCAAAAAAGUUGCAGUUGGUCACAACAAUCCUUGUUUUAUAGUGUUGAGGCUGUAUUUAUCAUUGGUCUUUGGAGUUAUUAAUUAUAUGGUAGCCCGUUUUGGAUCCAAUUGGAAUUGGCUACAAAAUUUGAUUUCUUCUUAAAAAGUAUAAUUCUUUUCUCUUGCGCCCUUGGAUCACCACUGUAAUUGAUGUUUAUUGGAGUAUGUACAUAUGUACAAAAUUUGUAUGUCUUCUAACGAUGGCUCCUUUCUAAUUCCCUUCUAUUACCUCUUGCAA